UGAAACCCUCAGUAUGUCAUAUCUGCUCAGGUGAGAAGAUGCAGGUGUAGCUUACACUGAGGACAGAAAGAGGGUGUACACCGCAUUCCAUCAGAUUCUCAGGGUAUACGGGGGUGCUAGAGAUGCCAGUAGAAGGACAGCAGGGCAGGAUCUAAGCUGCUACAGUUACUUACAUGGGACCUCACUGCGGGUUUUUAUACAGAGCGGAUCACACAGCUGCCGCGGACCAAACUUAAGAUAAUGGAGCCUAGACAUCAUCCGGCAGCCUCCGUCUUUUAAAAGCCACUCUGGACUCGACGCGAUGGGGCGAUACGCUAAUCGCCUCCCAGGCUGAGAGCCAGGCUUUCCUCCCAAGCAAUCCCGGGCGUCCGAGAGGCAAACAUGCCGUUCGCUGACUGUAUGUCUGCGGAAGAAUAAGAAGCCUCUUUCUCGGGGACUGGGCCGGUCCCGAACAGCUGGGGUACAACUUAAACCACGGAAAAGUUAUCCUCGGUCGAUCGGGGGUGUCCGGGCAUACGUUUUGAGAGGAAAGCACGAUCCCCGGUGCCGGUUUCUGCUUUUCGUUUUCCUUUCAUCCUCUUCGUCUUUCUGCCGCUUGGAGCGUCUCCAGUGCAUUAAAAUGCGCAGCUGCGCAGCUCUGAUCUCAUUCUCCCCACACAGCAGUCGCAGCCCGGAUCUUUCCAAAGACUUCUGGAGGAACUGCGGGUCCGAGAGGGUUUACCUGUAAAACUAAAUUAAACCAAAGACGCCCUUGAGUCUGCAGUCAGACCGCGGCGAUCACCGGCGGAUGCGGCAUCGGGUCGAUCAAGUGAACAGCGUGCGAGGGAUUGCUCCCAAAGUUUAAAGAAUAAUGACAGGGGCAGGUCAAAAGAAAACAGGUAACUAAAAUACGCAGGAGCCCGUCGGAUGUUCGGUCCUUUACAAACAACAUGUCAUAGCAAGAAACGCUCCGUAUUCCUAAACUUUUUUUAUAUUAUAUUUUUAUUAAAUUAGGCUGCUGCUAUGCCACAAAUACCCCACGAUGAGUCGCAUAGGGAGAUGUAAAUGAAUAUUCUAAAUGAAUGAAAUGGUUCCAGAGCAGAAGAAAGAGGAAUGUCUGCUCUUCAUUCUAAUUUUGCACGUAUUUUGUUAACUGUACACACACAUCGAGAGCAGACAUCGAGAGACACCUUAUGCGUGCUUGAGCAGUGUGCUUUCUGAUCUGGAAACUACAACAGUCUCUAUAACAAAUAUAUUUACUUGACAAUUUUCCUACGGUGCGUAAUCACGCGCGUGCGGUCCUGCCGGGGGUGCCCGCUGCUGGGACAUGAGCGCUUAUUAACAGGAGGCUCAAUUGGUCGCGAAGUGCCAUGAUGUCACCGCUGCUUUAACGUCUCCCGGACUCCCGGCGGAGUGAGAGAAGCGCCCGCUUGCUCCAGCCCCAGCCGGCGGUGCUCGGGACGGCCGCAUUCAUGAAGGCGGCUGCAUCCGUGCAGCGUGGCUCACCAUGGGAGAUGGGGCAGCUCAUGUCCGGCACGGCAACGGCUCGGGUGAAGCCGGGGAACGGGACGCCGCCUCGCAGUACACUGAAAUGACGGAGCAGUGGGUGGUGGGAAUGGGGAUGCUUCUGGGACUGAUCGUGCUCACCAUCGUCAUUGGGAAUAUACUUGUGAUAGUGGCCAUAGCCAAGAACCAGCGGCUCCAAACGCUAACCAACCUGUUCAUAGUGUCCCUGGCUUGCGCGGACCUGAUCAUGGGCUUGCUGGUGGUGCCUUUCGGUGCCGUCCUGGUGGUCACAGACUCUUGGCUCUACGGGUCCUUCUUUUGCGAGUUUUGGAUUUCGGUGGACGUCCUUUGCGUUACUGCCAGCAUCGAGACGCUCUGCGUCAUCGCCAUUGACAGGUACCUAGCCAUCACCUCUCCCUUCCGGUACCAAAGCUUACUCACUAAAGCCAGGGCAAAGGCCAUCGUGUGCGCCGUGUGGGCGAUCUCGGCGCUGGUUUCAUUCCUCCCCAUCCUGAGUCACUGGUCGAGAGAUGCCACUGAGACCGCCUGCUACGACAAUCCCGAGUGCUGUGACUUUGUCACCAACCCGGCGUACGCGGUCACAUCCUCCAUAAUCUCGUUUUACAUUCCGCUCGUGGUGAUGAUUUUCGUGUAUGCCAGAGUGUACAGGGAGGCCAAGAAGCAGCUGGAGAAGAUCGGCCGGUGCGAAGGCAGGUUUCUUCACACGUCGGCCAGGAGGAAGCCGUGCAAAAUCCUGGCCAUAAAAGAGCAAAAGGCGCUGAAGACGCUGGGCAUAAUCAUGGGCACUUUCACGCUCUGCUGGCUGCCCUUCUUCAUCGUCAACGUGGCGAGAGUGUUUUGCGCAGAGGUGGUGGACAAAAACCUCUUCGUCUUCCUAAACUGGCUGGGCUACGCGAACUCGGCUUUCAACCCCAUUAUAUACUGCCGGAGUCCGGACUUUCGGAAAGCCUUCAAAAGCCUGCUAUGCUGCCCUAGGCAGGCGGACCGGCGGCUCCACGUCAGCUCCUGCGACCUGUCGCGCUGCUCCGGCGGAUUCAUUAACUCCCUGGACCCCAGCAUGAUCGGAACCUGGUCGGAGUGCAACGGGCUGGACAGCAGUGACUGCAGCCUGGACAAAAACGGCAAGUCGACGUACCCUGAGUCCGAGUUGUAAGGCCAGAGUCCAGCGUCGACCAGCUCUUGGUUCCCUCUGUCGAUGCGCUCCCGGUCCCGUAUUUCCGAAUUUCGGGAACUCCAGUUCAUCAGUGCGGAAUUUGCCUAAAUGUGAUUAAUUUAUCGCUAUACACACCCGACUAAUGUACACAGUACUUCUGUAGUUACACCUUCAGUUUGAUGGACCGAUGUUAUGUAACGACCACCAAGAAACUGGCUGUCUUAUGUGCAAAUUGUACUGAUAGCUAUUGUUUAUAUUAAACAUUACCAUGUACUGUACAGUAGCCAAUUUAUUUGCUACUUGGUUAAGUGCUCAAAGACACACGAAUGUAUUGAAAAGGUUAGGCCAAGAGUUUGGAUUAAAUUAACUUUAACCCGUACAUUAUUAUUUAAUAAACUUCCACUUCGGUGUGUAGAGUUCAUAUAUUUUCAUCAUUACGUUCACCUUUAAAUAGAAUCUGCUCUAGUAUUUGUUUUUAAAGGAUAAAAAAAAGAAAAUCUGAUUAUGUCGCUAACCGUAUUUGGUAAAUUGGCUUUAUUACACUAUAAGCUUGGUUUAAGAAAAUAAAACGCUUGUUUAAA